AUGGAAAAAUUUGGUAUUGCUAUUAUUGUAUUUACUGUCUUUUGGAGUUUAAUUGGAAUUGUUUUACCAUUUUUUAUUCCCAAAGGACCUAAUAAACGUCUUAUUCAAAUUAUGCUAGUGUUAACAUCGGCUUGCUGUUAUCUAUUUUGGUUAUGCUUUUAUCUUCAUCAAUGGAAACCAUUGUUCGGACCACAACUUUCAAGUACUGAUGCUCGAAUUUUACGUUCUCUUUGGGGCAGAGAAUUUUAA